UUAAUGGUAAGUGAUGUGUUUAGGUGAUGGUGCAUGUCUUGAAUUUAGAAACGUUUCUGUUAACCAUAACUGAGUUUCCUGAAAACUCUUAUCGAAGCUUUGACGUAGGAAAAGGAACAACGGUUCUGUCGGCGGUUGGACAGGAAACUCGGAAUACUCGGUAUUUCCUAGACCAUUAUCGACAAACGCAAACUUAUCGCUCCUCGAUUUAACAACUUGGUGAUUUUUUUUCUUUUUCAGAACAGUCCCGCAUCGCGCAACAAAAGCAUCGGACGGCUGCAGCAAAUCUAUACAAAGCUUCGUUUUACAAAAAAAAAAUCAGCAACGUGCCAAUUGUAAUCUGCUCUAAGCCGGAAGAAGUAUUCCGGUUGAUAAGCCAAUUGCUCAGUUAAUAUAUAUAUAAGUGUUAUGUGUUUUUUUUUGGUUUAAUUUGUAAAAUUCCGACCUCAAUUGCUGUCUGAAAGUGCGAUGGAAGGAAAACGUAUCAGGGAUUAAUUUUUGGGAUCCGAUAGAUGAUCGUGUGUUUGUAUGUGUUUUGUGGCGUGCAGCAGUUAUCAGUGGGAUUCCAGAGCGAGCGUCGCACCAUCAUCAUCAUCAUGUCUUUCCGAAUCGAAGAUAUCCUGAAAACCAACGAAGAAGAAGUUCCUCCGGAGGUCAAGUUCGAAACGCAGAUGCAGACGUUGUCCAACCGUAACAACCAUCAUUACCAUCAGACGUCCAUCAACAACUACUGGCAAUCCAUCAACUACGCGAAGAUGUACCAGCAGUUCUACGAGAACAAUCCCUAUUUUCCGUACGCGGAUUGUUUAGAUUCUGCACAGCAAUACGAAACAUGUAAGUAACAAAAUCUCCGAUUAUACCUACAUUCGAUCAUCAUCAUUAUUACAUUGGAUUCCACCUUCCUCAUAUUUAAUUGCAUUCUGAUUGCUCUGAAAGCCCGAAAACCGGAGCGCCGU